ACCUUGCCUGAACCAAGGUACUUGUACUUCAUAUCCCUCAAGUAGUCUUGGAUUUCUUUGUAUUUGCUCUCCUGGAUAUUAUGGAGAUUUUUGUCAACAUCAUGCAGUAGAAUGGUUCACUGCAAUUUCAGUUAUUGGAAUCCUCGUUAUACUGAUUCUCAUUCUUGGUUUAUGCUUUGCCAUCUUCUGCCUUUGUCAUAGAGAAAGAAAGCACCAUUAUAUUUCCAAACAAAGUAGAAGUUCAGAUGUUUGUUUAAAACAAUUACCAGAUACUUGUACAUCAAAGUCUCCGUUCUGUUCUUGUCCACGUGAUGAAAGCUAUCAGGAAACAUAUGUGAAAGAAGACUGUAAGAAUCAAGUUGAACCUGAAAACAAAGAAUAUCAUCUGUGUGCUUCAAGGAAUGACCAUUAUAAAUACCAUCCUGAGUUUACUGCCUGUGAAUUGAUCUGUCCAGAAAUAAAUACAUAUAACACAACUGAAGAUUUAGAGGAUAGUACAAGUACAGAGUCAUGUGAUGAAUUAUUCGUGGAUAAAUGUGAUGCCGAAUGUCAAUCCAAUUUUCAAGCUUCUAGAGUGCCAUCAGAAGACACCAAAUCGUGCAGCAUUGCUUCAUGCUCAAACAAAGUUGAAGAAGUUUUAUCAAAUAUUCCAAUGAUACAAAGCAGAGCUUCAGCUGAAAUUAUGACAUAUGAUGAUUUAUUUGCCAGCACUUCCUCAUCUCAGAGUUCUUACCAAGAAUAUUUGUCUAGUUUACCAUCUGACAUUUCUACACCAAGAUCCGAGUCAUCUUCACAAAUUUCGUUGAAUUCAGAAAUUGCAGAUGAUUUUGUUAACAAUUCUGAAUGCUCUGUAAUUAGCUCAAUGCCAAGUGAGGCACUUAUAAACUUAAUGCAGAGUUAUUUUGCAAAUAGUGAUGAUGUCAAGUCUGUGAAGAUUUCAAUACUUCUGGAUAAGUCCCAGACUGAUGAUUUGAGUCACACUAGCAAUGUAGAAGAAAAUGCAAAUGAAUCAUCUUGCCAAACUAAUUCUCCAUCAGAUUCUGAACAAUAUUCCAGAAUUGGUUUAAAAGGUAAAUGUGGUUUUCUGCAUGGUGGAAAUAACUCAACCGAUGUGGAACCUUCUUUCGCUUCAGUUGAAAAUUCUGAAACAUGCAGUUCUAGUCUUGAUUCACAGGAGUUUGUUCAUUUUGAUUCGCAAAUCCCGUCAAUUGUUGGUCGUUCAAGUGACUGGUACUGUGCAGACGAUAAGGAACCAUGUAGCAAAACUACUACAGUUAGAUAUGUGUUUACGGAUAGUGAAAAUGAGGUUUAAGUGCUGCUAUUGUAGCUUUAAAGUAUAUGUAAAUCACUGAACUAAAAUCAGUUUAAUUGUAUGGCUUAAGUAGAAGUGAUUAUUGGAAUAAAACUACUGACAGCCAACAAAGACAAAUAAAAAUUCAAUAGUUUUACAUUUUGCAGUAUUUAGUCCAGGGCUUGAAUGUUUCUCUUGUGACUUGCUGAUUAAAACUGUAUGCUAUGCUCAGAGUCCACACUCCAAAAGCACAGUCUAACAUCUCUGACUUUAAGACCUUGAUCUUUUUUCCUGUAUUCUGCCCCAGUUUGGAAUAAUAUUAAAGGAAGUUGGGUGAGACUUGCUGCCACUUUUGAGUGUUAGCUGGUAUCACUAUAGAAUGUAUACACUAUAAAAUGUAUAGUUUAUAGCAAGUCCCAUUCUAGCUGUUUUCUCACCAGACAAUCCCUCGAAAUGCAGUUUUUUGGAACAAACAAGAGGUGCAUCUGCAGGAAGGUUCCAAAAUUCAUGGAAGUAAUGAAAGGACUAAUCAGUGCCUCAUUUUCUAUUUUUCA